AUGGGCAGACAUGAAGUGACAGAAUCUUCAUUUCCUCAGGAAACCAGGCUAAAAAUACUGUCUUCAGAGUUCAGCUUUUUCCACGAAGAUGCACAGUUCCCUGGAGGCCCAGCCAAGUCAGCGGACGCAGGUGGCAGUAGCACCUCUGUGUCCCAGGCGACACCUUUGCCCAUCGCAUCUGUCAUUGCCCUUCCCACGCCAGCUCUUCCUUUCAGCUGGGAGGCUCUGCCGUUGCCCAGAUCUUUGGGUCUGAGCCCUGAACCGGAGCCCACCAGGGAGGAUGGUGAAAGCGCUUCGGGUGGGAGUGGUGGCCACCAGUGCUGUGCUGGGGAUGUUGCAGACAGAUCAGAACAGCCCCCGUUCUGGCGGCUCGUACGGAUGCUGUGCUCUCACAGCCCGCUGCGUUCCGGCAGCCUGGCAGGGCUGGCACCUGGUGAGCUCUGGGCUGUUGCUCUGCCUUCCCUUCUGCGCUGGUUCCUUGCUUUGGCCUCAGCCUGCUCUGUUCUCCCGAGAGUCUGCGCUGCAGUGGCUGCCGGCCUUGCAGGAUUGACUGAUACCUUUGUCGACCCAGGCAAAGUUCUGUCGGUGGGGUCAGCUCGGGACAUCCUCUUUCUUCUGUACCCCACUGCCACUGCUCGUUCCUCUCUGUCUCCCGCUUUUUCACUGCUUAAGCAAGCUGGCCCAGAUGGAAGCUGUGCGAUGCUGAAUUCUCGCAGCGGGGAGGCAGCCCUGGAUCGGCCAGCAGAUGCAGUACUGAGCGCCUGUUUUGCUGUAAGGCCGGAGCUGUGUCUCAAAGCCGGGAACCUUUUUGAAAAGAAUGCAGCUCCAAUUUUGCACUUAUCUGGCUUGGAUGUAACUGUGGUUAAGACUGAUUAUGAGGGACAAGCAAAAAAGCUGCUGGAAUUGAUGGAAAACACAGAUCUGAUCAUUAUUGCAGGAGGAGAUGGCACAGUACAAGAGGUCAUAACUGGACUUCUCCGCAGAGCAGAUGAGGCUGUCUUCAGCAAGACUCCUAUAGGAUUCAUACCUCUUGGGAAGACCUGCACUCUGAGCCACACGCUCUACCCUGAGAGCACGAACCAAGUCCAACUUAUUACUAAUGCUACAUUGGCCAUUUUGAAGGGAGAGACAGUUCAACUUGAUGUCUUGCAGAUCAAGGGAGAAAAGGAACAGCCUGUGUUUGCAGUGACUGGUUUAAGAUGGGGAUCUUACAGAGAUGCGGGAGUUAAAGUUAGCAAGUACUGGUACCUUGGGCCUCUGAAAACCAAAGCAGCUCACUUUUUCAGUACGUUUAAGGAAUGGCCUCAGAAACGUCAAGGUGCUCUCAUGUAUCUGGGUCCAACUGAGAGACCUCCAGAAGAGCCAGAGGAGAAAUCAUCCAGACCUCCUUUGUAUGUGCGGAUUUACAGACGACUGCGGUUAUACUGGUCAUCUCCUCCAAAAGAAAUCCCCCAGGAGGUAGCCCCGGAGGACUGGGAAGAACUGAAGCUAUCCACCAUAGAGCUUACCAUUGCAACUCGGAACAGGCAGCUUGAUCUGACACGCACUGAAGACUUCAUGGAUAUUUGCAUUGAGGCAGACGCUGUCAGCAAAGGACAGUUUGUAAACAGAGGAAGUCAGAAGAUGCGUGACCCACAUACGUGCCCUGAAGGGAGUCAGUGCAUCCAAGCCAGCAGAUGCAUCUUGCAGCUUCCAGAGGGCACCGAGGGGUCCUUUGGCAUUGACAAUGAGGAGCAUGAAGCUAUGCCUGUGGAGGUGAAGCUGCUGCCCCGGAAACUCCGGUUCUUCUGCGACCCCAGCAUGAGAGGGCCGAUGCUCCGCGCAGCUGUACACUGAGAGUUCAUGUCAAAGGGGACAGUGUCUACCAGUCUUACCAGGGUCUCUUCAAGACACACAAGACCCAACUGACUUGAUUAACCCCACCAGACUAAUAAGCCAUUUGGCUAUUUUUAUGCGCAAGGUACUUCCAUUGGAAGUGGCUGAUUUGCCAAGUCUCAGAGGGGUUAAAAAUGCAACUGAAAAUUCUGGAAAAUGCGUAUUAACUUGAUGGCAUCUUUUUUUUUUUUUUCCCCAAAGAAGUCAUCCGUGUUCCACUUACAGCACUGCAGGCUGAGUGCUGUGUGCCAGAUGCUACUGCUUUAAUGCAAAUGUAUAUUAAAAUAAAA